UCGGGCGGUUUCUUGCUCAAUAGAAGUAGUGGUGUGGCAUCCUCGUAGCCGUCGCAGUAACUGCACGAACACGCGUGCCGUGUCCUCUCGUCGCUGGCAUGGAGCGCGUGUCCGGGGGGCACCCUGCAACUCUGCACUCGAGUUGGAAGCCUCGGAGGGGGCCGGCCGUUCACGCGUGUUGGGCUUUUGGAAAGGGGGGGAAAAUGGUGGCUUUUUGUGUGUGAGGGAUGGAUUCCAACCGGUUGCAACAAAACCAUGGAAUUUCGUUCACCUUUUCUCUCAUAGGAGCUCUGCUCUGAAAGACUGAUAUAAACCCAGCCGGCCCCCCUGUUCUUACCGGGCUCACACAUUUGUGGCACGGCAGUCGGCAGGGCUCCAUCUCCUCUGCUUCUGGUGAUUGAUUGGUUCGUUCCCGAUUUCUCAUGGCUCUAGCCUCCCUUCUUCUUCAUCCUUGGUUUCCCUGCCUUGAACUUGUAGUGCCUGUGCCUCGCAAGCAAAUCGGUUGGUGUUAGCGUGCUGGUUUUUCUUUCGUUUGCCGCUUAUCUUCUGCCUCUGGGUGUUUACUCUUUACUAGUACGCAGUACGCAGAAGCUUUUUUUUUAAAAAAGAAAUUGCAAUUGUUGUUUUUUAUCACUCUGGUCAAAUUCUUGUUCAACGAGCACUGUAGUGUUAUGAAUUUACAGAGACUGCUACAGGAAUAUCUAAUUAUUAAACUAUGCUGCUCUGUCCGCAAAACAGUAGUAAAAACUUAGGUUAGCAUCAGGUCCCACCCAUCAUGUGAUUGCUCAGAGAGCGCCUAUUGCUUUCGCGAAUCGCAACGACACCUGUAUAAAAAAGACACCUUGAUCCUGACAGCCUACCGGUUAUACUAAUUGUUAAUUUCUCGUCCGCAAUCCAUUUGCAAGCACCACCAACACAUGGCUCGGCCGACAAGUCAAGCUAGUCGUUGUAGUCUCGUUAGCACGAGCCAUGAUGGUUUCUUGGAUCACUGCAUCCCUGCAUCCCCGGUUCUUGCCGCUGUUGACCGGCCAUGGGCGGCGAGCUCGCCGGCCGCAUCAGGUCGGGCGUGCUCGAGCCCCUGGUGGAUCACUUCACGGAGAUUCUGAUCUGGUUGCUGCAAUGCUACGACGCGCAGGUCCGGAGACGCCUCGUCCCGCUCCUUCGCCGGCACAGGAUGGCGCUGCUCACGGCGCCGGCGGUGGCCGCGCUGCUGCUGCUCUUCUGGUCCGCGGCGUACGGCGACGCACAGCUGCCGUACAAGGACCCCGGGCUGCCCGUGGAGGACCGCGUCAGGGACCUCCUCGGCCGGAUGACGCUCGCCGAGAAGAUCGGGCAGAUGACGCAGAUCGAGCGGCUGGUCGCGUCGCCGCAGGUGCUCAAGGACAACUUCAUCGGCAGCCUGCUCAGCGGCGGCGGGAGCGUGCCGCGGAAGGGGGCGACGGCGGCGGAGUGGAUGAGCAUGAUCACUGACUUCCAGAAGGCGUGCCUGUCCACGCGGCUGGGCAUCCCGAUGAUCUACGGCAUUGACGCCGUCCACGGCCACAACAACGUCUACGGCGCCACCAUCUUCCCCCACAACGUCGCGCUCGGAGCCACCAGGGAUCCUGAACUUGUGAAGAGGAUCGGCGCCGCGACCGCGCUCGAAGUGCGAGCCACCGGCAUCCAGUACGCGUUCGCGCCAUGCAUUGCGGUGUGCCGUGAUCCGAGAUGGGGGCGGUGCUACGAGAGCUACAGCGAGGACCCCGGGAUCGUGCAGGCCAUGACAGAGCUCAUCCCGGGGCUGCAGGGCGACGUUCCGCAGAACUUCACCAGCGGCAUGCCCUACGUUGCCGGAAAGAACAAGGUGGCAGCGUGUGCCAAGCACUUCGUCGGCGACGGCGGCACGCAGAACGGCAUCAACGAGAACAACACCAUCAUCGACCGGCAGGGCCUGAUGAGCAUCCACAUGCCGGCCUACCUGGACUCGCUUCGGAAGGGCGUCUCCACGGUCAUGAUCUCCUACUCCAGCUGGAACGGCAUCAAGAUGCACGCCAACCACGAUCUCAUCACCGGUUUCCUCAAGGGCAGGCUCAAGUUCAAGGGUUUCACCAUCUCAGAUUGGGAGGGUAUUGACAGGAUCACCAGCCCUGCAGGGGCAAACUACUCCUACUCUGUCCAGGCUGGAAUUCUUGCCGGCAUUGACAUGAUCAUGGUGCCCAACAACUACCAGAGCUUCAUCAGCAUCCUGACCGGCCACGUCAACAGCGGCGUGAUCCCGAUGAGCCGGAUCGACGACGCCGUGACUAGGAUCCUGCGCGUCAAGUUCACCAUGGGCCUGUUCGAGAACCCCAUGCCCGACACCACCUUGGCCGACCAGCUGGGGAAGCAGGAGCACCGGGACCUGGCGAGGGAGGCGGUGAGGAAGUCGCUCGUGCUCCUCCAGAACGGCAAGCCUGGCGACGCGCCGCUGCUGCCGCUGCCCAAGAAGGCGGCCAAGAUCCUCGUCGCGGGUAGCCACGCCAACAACCUGGGGUACCAGUGCGGCGGGUGGACCAUCGAGUGGCAGGGCGACACGGGCAACAUCACCGUCGGCACCACCAUCCUCGACGCCGUGAAGGCGGCCGUGGACCCGUCGACGACGGUGGUGUUCGUGGAGAACCCCGACGCGGAGUUCGUCAAGAACGGCGGCUUCUCGUACGCCAUCGUGGCCGUGGGCGAGCACCCCUACACCGAGACCAAGGGGGACAGCAUGAACCUGACGAUCCCGGACCCGGGGCCGAGCACGAUCCAGACGGUGUGCGGCGCCGUGCGGUGCGCGACCGUGCUCAUCAGCGGCCGCCCCGUGGUGAUCCAGCCAUUCCUGGGCGCCACGGACGCGCUCGUCGCCGCGUGGCUGCCGGGGACGGAGGGACAGGGCGUCACCGACGUGCUGUUCGGCGACUACGGGUUCACGGGGAAGCUGCCGCGGACGUGGUUCAAGUCCGUGGACCAGCUGCCGAUGAACGUCGGCGACAAGCACUACGACCCGCUCUUCCGGCUGGGCUUCGGGCUCACCACAAAGGGCAAGGCAUACUAGACCCGGUGCUCUCCUGCAGCAGGGGAUGGUGGAUUGGUGGUAGGGGUAGGAAAUUGAAUUAAACAGUGCUCUGUCUGGCGCAGGGACAUGAACUGGGAGUUCUUGGUUCCUUGGCCGUUUGUCAGUUAAUUUUGGUGCAUGCUCAGUUCUCACAGUGGAGUACUAGCAUCCACUCCGCUAGAUGGGCGAUCUCAUUCUUAUAUGAUAUAUUGCUUUGAUCUUUUGCUCAA